UCACUCUUCAGUCUCUUCUUUGUUGAUUUUAUUUUCUUGUAAAUCAAAUAAACACGUCUUACUCGUCAUACACUGUAGUCAUAAGUUAAUAAGUAAUAAAUAUAAUCAUUGCAGAAUAAAAAAAACGAUAAAAAUGUCUGAACAAAAUCCUGAAACGCCAGCUACCACUGUGGAUGUGGAAACCAACAGCUACAUUUCAAACCCGAACGAUCCGAAGAAUAUGCAGGAAGUUACACAAUACGUCCAGUCACUACUACAAAGUAUGCAAGACAAGUUUCAAAGUAUGUCAGACCAAAUAAUUAACAGGAUAGAUGAAAUGGGAACGAGAGUAGAUGAAUUAGAAAAAAAUAUAACAGAAUUAAUGACACAAGCUGGAGUGGAAAAUGAAAAAUAGAAGUAAAUGUGCUGUUACACUUAAAUCACCUCAGCGAGUAGUGCCUGUUUUGUAUAAGUCAGGUAAACAUAAGUAAAUCACUAAAACUUUAACCUAAGGAUAGUCACAGACAUUAGAACACAAGCUUGUUCGCAAGUCAACAUUAAUAAGUGCCACAAAAAUCAUAAUCCAAUUGCAAUGUGUAUUUCUUAAACUUAGGUGUUAUAUUCAUUAUAAUUAUUAUAAUCCACGGCACAUAUUUUGAUGUGAGGUAAAAUAUCAAUUAUUUGAUUAUAUUAGGAGAUAAUAAUGUAAUGGUACAAAAAUAUAUUGUAAUGUAAGUAAUGAUGGUAGGCUUUUUUCUUAUGAAUAAUAAUAUAAUA